AUGACAUCAAUAAAACGAAGAAAUUCAUCAGCAAGUACAGAUGAAACUGAUUCUGAUGAAGAAAUCCCAUCAAACACAAUCGGUUCAAAUAUACCAUUAAAAUGGUAUGAAAAUCAUGAUCAUAUUGGUUAUGAUCUUGAUGCUAAAAAAAUUCUUAAACCAAUAUCAUCUGGUAAAACAGAUGAAAUUGAUGAAUUUCUUGAAAAAAUGGAAAAUGCUGAUUAUUGGCGUACAGUUUAUGAUGAUUUAACUGGACAAAAUAUAACAUUAACAAAUGAAGAUAUAGCAAGAAUUCAACAAAUAAAAAAUGCUCAAACAUAUCGCGAUGAUCAUCCAUAUGAACCAUGGUUAGAUACAUUUUCAUCUGAAGUAAUGAUACAUCCAAUAAUAAAUUCACCAGAAUCAAAAGCAUCAUUUAUUCCAUCAAAAUGGGAACGUUUAAAAGUAGGAAAAUAUUUAAAUGCAAUUAAAAUGGGUUGGAUUAAACCAGCACCACCAAAAGAAGAUCCAUUAUUAUCAAAUAAUUAUGAUUUAUGGUCGGAUGAAACAAAAACAAAUUUACCACGUUCAAAUAUUCCAGCACCUAAACUUGAAUUACCUGGUCAUCAAGAAUCUUAUAAUCCAUCAGUUGAGUAUUUACUUGAUGAUGAUGAAGUUGAAGCAUUAAAAUCUAAAAUGGAAUCCGAAUAUGAUGAAAAUGAACGUCAAACAAAAACAUUAUUUGUACCACAAAAAUAUUCAAGUCUACGUCAAGUACCUGCAUAUGAUCAUUUUGUUUAUGAACGUUUUCAACGUUGUCUUGAUCUUUAUUUAUGUCCAAGACAAAAACGUUUGAAAGCAAAUAUAACUGAUUUAAAUGAUCUCAUACCAGAUAAACCUAAACCACAAGAUUUACAUCCAUAUCCAUUAGUACAAUCAUUAAUUUAUGAAGGACAUAAAAAUAUUAUACGUUGUUUAACAUGUCAUUCAUCUGGACAAUGGUUAGCAAGUGGUAGUGAUGAUUGUACUGUUAGAAUAUGGGAAAUAGCUACAGCAAGAUGUAUGAAUGUUUUUACAUUUGAUAAACCAAUUGUUUCGAUUCAAUGGAAUCCUAUUUUAUCAUUAUUAACAAUUGCUACAGGAUCACAAAUUCUUAUGAUUAAUCCGAAAUUAGGUGAAAAUGCAAAAGUUACAUUUACUGAAGAAUUUAUUAAACAAUUAUCAUAUGAUUCAUCAGAUAAUGAUGAUUGUCAAUGGUUAAAAACCUCUGAUGAAAAUGAUAAAUAUAUUCGUUUAACAAUUACACAUAAAAUUCCAAUACGUCAAAUUGAAUGGCAAGGACGUGGUGAUUAUUUAGCAUGUAUUUUAAUUCCACGUUCUGAUCAAUCACAAUCAAAAUCUAUAAUAAUUCAUCAUUUAUCUAAAGGACGUUCACAAUAUCCAUUUAAACAAUUAAAAGGUGCUGUACAACAUGUACGUUUUCAUCCAAUAAAACCUAUAUUUAUCAUAGCAACACAACAUUCAAUUAAAAUAUAUCAUUUAUUAAAACAACAAUUAAUAAAACGUCUUUAUGUUAAUACAAAAUGGAUAUCAUCUAUUGAUAUACAUCCAUUAGGUGAUAAUAUAUUAUGUGGUGGUUAUGAUUCAAAAAUUAAUUGGUUUGAUUUAGAUUUAUCUGUUAAACCUUAUGAAACAUAUCGUUAUCAUAAACGUGCUGUACGUUGUGUACGUUAUCAUACAAAAUUACCAUUAUUUGCUUCAACAAGUGAUGAUGGUACAUGUAUUAUUUCACAUUGUACAGUUUAUUCUGAUUUAUUAAAAAAUCCACUUAUUGUACCAGUUAAAAUUUUACGUGGACAUCAAAUAGUUAAUGAUAUAUCUAUAUUAGAUUGUUUAUUUCAUCCAACACAACCAUGGAUAUUUACAUCGGGUGCUGAUUCAACAAUACGUUUAUUUACAAAUUAA